AAAAAAAAAUUCUGCUUCCUCAAAUUCCAACCCAUAUAAACUCGCACACUGACCUACUUCAGCAGCAGAGGAAGAAGGCGUCAAACUCAAGAGGACUUCAACAAACUCUAUGACUUCGGACUUAAGGAUGCUGUCGUGUGUGUGCGUGGUGCUGCUGGCAGCCUCAGCUCUGGGCCACCUGGAUGAAGUCUCUCUGGACGCCCAGUGGGACCAAUGGAAGAUGACACACAGGAGAGAAUACAAUGGCCUGGAUGAGGAGGGGAUCCGCAGGGCCAUCUGGGAGAAGAACAUGCUUAUGAUCGAAGCCCACAACCAGGAGGCAGCGCUGGGCAUCCACUCCUACGAGCUGGGGAUGAACCACCUGGGGGACAUGACGUCAGAGGAAGUGGCCGAGAGGAUGACCGGCCUGCAGGUCCCGCUGAACCGAGAGCGCAGCUUCACCAUGGAUCUGGACGACAAGGUCACCAAGAUUCCCAAAUCUGUCGACUACCGCAAGAAGGGCUUGGUGACUCCCGUCAAGAACCAGGGCUCCUGCGGCUCCUGCUGGGCCUUCAGCUCAGCCGGGGCCCUCGAGGGCCAGCUGGCCAAGAAGACCGGCCAGCUGAUGAACCUCAGUCCUCAGAACCUGGUGGACUGCGUCACGGAGAACGACGGCUGCGGAGGCGGAUACAUGACCAUCGCCUUCAAGUACGUCCAGGAAAACGGAGGCAUCGAUUCCGAGGAGGCCUACCCUUACGUCGGAGAGGACCAGCCGUGCCGCUUCAAUUCAUCAGGCGUGGCAGCCCACUGCAAAGGGUACAAGGAGGUCCCGGAGGGCGACGAGCACGCACUGGCCGUUGCGCUGUUUAAAGUGGGUCCGGUGUCUGUGGGCAUCGACGCCGCGCAGCCCCGCUUCCAGUUCUACCAGAAGGGUGUUUACUACGACCCCAACUGCAACAAGGACGACAUCAAUCACGCUGUGCUGGCGGUGGGCUACGGAGUGAACACCAAGGGGAAGAAGUACUGGAUCGUCAAGAACAGCUGGGGCGAGGGGUGGGGCAACAAGGGCUACAUCCUGAUGGCUCGCAACCGCGGCAACCUCUGCGGCAUCGCCAACCUCGCCAGCUACCCCGUCAUGUGAGGGGAUGCGCGCGGAGCUCGGAGGAGGACGGGAGGGGGACAGAGGGGCUUCGCUCUGACUGCCACGCAUGAAAAGAGCUCCUCCCAGAUCUCAGUAACCAACGCAAAGACAAAGAAAGAUUCUACUUUGUUUAUUUUGACAAGCAGCAGACAUAUUUUUUAAAUUCAAAUCGGACUCACUGUCUUUUGGAAUGAUUCUCUCCUGGUAUGAAAGAAGGGGUUAAAUGUCACGGGCUCUUGGAUUCAAGCCUCCUUAAAACCAUCUGAUGGCGUUUGGAUAUCUGGAGUUAUUUGAAGCACUUUGAACCCCCCCCCCUCUCCAAAGCAGCAGCCCCCUCACUGUGGUUGGCGCCGUAAAGAAACACAUCCAAUGUCAGUACCUCCAGGGCCAUGGUGUUAGUAACACUAACCAACUACAGACCUACCAGGCACAACCAACAUUUUACAGUGUUUGGAUGGUAGUCGACGAUACUUUUGGUCUCUUGUUUCAAUUUACAGUGUCUGUGUGUGUCUGUGUGUGUGUGUGUGUGUGUGUGUGUGUGUGUGUGUGUGUGUGUGUGUGUGUGUGUUUGUGAAAACUAACCAAAUUUAACUUCAGUGUGACAGGAAACAUUGCUGGGCAAUGGGAGUUCCUCCUUUCCUGUUGCUGCACAGUCAGUUCCUCUAAAAAUCCCAGCCAGCUUCUCUGGUGAUCGUGUCAGCUUCCGUUGCUGUUACUGUUCUGCUAUAAGCACUUUUCUGAUGAUUAAACUGUAAACUGAUGUUUUCUAUGAAAUUGAAUA